GUGUGAACACCAGGUUUGUGGAUCAAGAAGACAUCUGUGUGCAGUACCUGUACUGUGAGUCCUGUCUACGCAACUCUGACACGCCACACAGUGACACUCUCGACACGCGAGCACAAGUAGCAGCCGGUGCCAGGGUACAGCUAGCAGCCGGGACGGGGGCUCGCUUCAGUAAAGGACAGAUGUGGCUGUUUGCCAGUCAAGUAAAAGUUUUGCCCGACGAGCAAGACUAAAACCUUCACCUCUGGUCCCACUUUGGUGUUGAGGCGACCAUCCAGUCAGCGACUCUCAGCAUGACCUUGGUCUGACACCACGUCGUCACGUCUCCCUCUGGGCUGGCCAGACUUGGAACGAGAAUAUCGGAAUAAAUCAAUGACUGAAUGAUGAAGGAACAGUAGACACUGGGCACUAGAUGUACCGUCAGAUCUACACAUGUGUUCCUUUCCUUCUGACUGUGGUAACUGUUCCAUGAAUUGAUGAAGAGUCGUUGUCAAGUGCACAUAGCAUGCUCUACCAGUGAUCUCAGAUGUCCUCUGCUCUAGUCCACCUCCAUGAUACGACAAUUCUACGGUGGCCGUGCUGGAAAAAGAUGAGAAGUAAAAAAAUAUCUCUGGGAAAGAAAAGGGCAAUAAUUGGCAACAGUGAGUGAUCGAUCAGCAGUGGGGGAGUCAUGAAGGCCUUUAAUGAAAACCUUUCCUUUUGUUCAUCAGCAGUGGGGGAGUCAUGAAGGCCUUUAAUGAAAACCUUUCCUUUUGUUCAUCAGCAGUGGGGGAGUCAUGAAGGCCUUUAAUGAAAACC